AUGGAGAUGAUGAGAUCGACGUCGCGCGAAAUGAUUUUUGCGAGGGUGUUUCUAGUACUAUCGUGGAAUCUGAUGUCUCGGUCUGCCAACACUGUAUCGCUGUGCUACAAUCACAUGGAGUGGGGAGAGGACGCACUAAAAGUGUUCUUUGCUCACAUGAAGAAUGACCAACGAGGCACACGCCCUCGAGACCCCCGGCACAUCUACGCGAAUCCACCGAUGCCAGAGGUCUGCCCAAUUCUCGCCAUAGGUCUCUACUGGAUGGUAUAUGGCGUCGAUUCAAACGUGAACCAAGUAUUUCCUGGAAACGACCAAUACGACCGCUUCCGAAAAACACUCCGUCGGGUGUCAGAGUCCCCUGGUGUGAAAAACGAGUUAGACCGCGUUGGCGUACGCUGUGAUGACAUUGGUACUCAUUCUAUGAGAAAAGGAUCUGCUACCUAUUGCUCUUCAGGCUCAACAGCGUGCCCACCAGCAAUAGCAGUGCACUUACGGGCUGGAUGGGCUCUUGGUGGCGUCCAAGACCGAUAUUUACGACACGAUUCGGCUGGUGAUAUGCUUGUUGGUCGCACGGUGUCCGGUUUGCCAAUCCAUAAAUCUGAGUUUGCAAUUCUUCCACCCAGGUUUAAAGGCGGGCGAUAUCAAGUUGAGACGGCAAAACGAAUUUGCUUUCGUGGUUUGCCCCCGAACGUCUCAUUAAUUGGCGAAUAUGCUCUAGCGUCUACCGUCUACCACUACGCGUACUUGAAGGAGCACCAUCCUGAUGAACACCCAAUUUUUCAAGCGUCUUUGAUGCGAAACGAGCAGAAAAUUCAAGAAUUGAAGGAGUUUAUUAUCUGUGACGAGGCCAGCAGUGAAGAGACGAUCACUGCCACUGGUGUUUCACCCCACGUUGUUUUAUAA